AUGAGCGGAGGUGGGUCUAGGGUUUCAAUUCCUAGCAACAUGAAGAAGAUGAUCCAGAACAUAAAAGAGAUCACGGGUAAUCACAGUGAAGAUGAGAUUUAUGCAAUGCUCAAAGAAUGCUCUAUGGAUCCCAAUGAAACCGCUCAAAGGCUCCUCCUUCAGGAUCCAUUUCAUGAGGUCAAAAGGAAACGUGACAAGAGGAAAGAGAAUGUGAACAGAGAGCCUGCGGAGUCUCGGUGGAGACCUGGCUCACAGGGCCGGGGAAGUAGGGGUGGCCGGGCGAAUUUCUCAUCUCGUUACACAUCACAUGAUGCUGGUGGUGGCAAGAACUCUGGUACUGGAAGGGACAAUGGAACCAGUCAAGCUGCGGACAAGGGUGUCGGCCCAACCCUUCCAACAUCCCAGGAAGCAAAACAUAAGGAAAUGACUGCAGCAGCGAGCUCUGUGUCUGCCAUGGCCAAUGGUCCCAGUGUUGUAGCUUCUGGAGGCACAAAUGUUCUGCACUCUGAUUUACCAGCAGGAACUGGGGUAAAUCAACCUGAAGUGAGUUCAUCAGCUGCUGGCAUCAAUAAGUUGGGGAGCGCACCUUCUCCAGUUCAUUCAAACAAAACUCCCACCAUUGCAUUUGGCACUGGGUCAACACAGGGGCAGCCUGCACCAAUCUCCAGCUCAUUGACUUCAUCAACUGUCUGUUUCUCAUCUUCGGAUCCUGUGUUGGUGCCAUCUAAUGAUUCAUGGCUCCCUGGUGCAGUGGGUGCAAUUAAGCGUGAAGUGGGGAGUCAUAGAACUUCCAAUGAACCAAAUACUGCUGCAGAGAACAAGUCAAGUGCUGCACCUUCUGAGAUUGGUAGCUCAUUUAUGCAAGGAAAGUUGCCAAGCAAAUCCCAAGGUCCCAUGAAGAAUCAGCUUACUGAGUCUUCUCAAGCCACAUCUAUUCCAAACCAUAGUUCCUCUUCAGUUAGUCGACCUCCAUCUAAUUACAAUAACAGGUCACAAGAGAUAAUAGGCCAACAGAAAGUUGGUUCUAAUAAGGAGUGGAAGCCAAAGCCCACAAACCCUAGUACCACUCAAGGACCUGGAACGGCUGUCACAUCUGAGGUUACUAGUGUUUUAGUUGAAGCUAGUGCCCGACCACAGUCUGUGUCAAGUGUUCUUGAUUCAGAAGAAGCAACUUCAAAACUGCAGAAGGAGCUGGGGGAAUUACAUCUUCCACAACGUCAGCAUGUUAUAAUUCCAAACCAUAUUCAUGUCCCUGAAUCUGAAAGAACCAAAUUGAGCUUUGGCAGUUUUGACGCUAGUUUUGGGGUGACUUCUAAUUAUGUCAGUGCUCAGGAGAGUGAAAAGAGCUCCACACCUGUGUCUGAAACUUCUCAGGUUGUUGAAGAAACUGCAGAGGAACAGGCUGCAAGCAAUCAAAACACAUUGGCAACUGCUGAAGUAGGAGAUUAUCCUGAUCAUUCCCAAUCACCUAAUCAUGUACCCGAAAAUUUGUCGGGUGAUAGUGAUGUAUCAACCAGUGCUGUCCCAGAGUAUAAUGAAUCAAAGCAGGAGACAAUUUUGCUUUCUGGAGGCCAACAAUACUCAGUGGUUCAUACUAAUCCCAACUACAGUUUUGGUUUUGUUCCUCCCAUGUUAGGGAGUCAGUUUGCACCAUUUGAAAACUCUGAGCCUCAAAAUCGUGACGUUUCUCGGCUUCCAAGCUUUGUAGUCCAACAACCGUUUGACCCAACAAAUUAUUAUGCUCAGUUCUACCGAUCAGGUGCUGAUAGUGACGGUCGUGUUUCCCCAUUUCCUUCACCAGGAGUUGCCGCAAAAUACAAUGGGAAUCUUGCAGUGUUGCCACCACAGACUUCUCAGUCUCCUCAAGAGGGUGGGAAUUCUUUAGUCCUGUCUACAGCAGGUCCGACUCCGCCGGCAACUCAGGCUGCUGGUCUCAUGCAAAGUUCUAUAGCUGUGACCCAGCAACCAGUUCCUGUUUUCCGUCCUCCAACUGGAGUGCAUAUAUCUCAUUAUCCUCCAAACUACAUUCCAUAUGGCCACUAUUUCUCGCCGUUCUAUGUACCACCUCCUACCAUCCAUCAAUUUUUGAGCAAUGGUGCAUUUCCUCAGCAACCUCAAGCUGGCAGUGUGUAUCCAGCUCCACAGGCAGCAGCUGCAACAGGUGCCAAAUUUUCACUUCCGCAGUACAAACCUGGAACUAAUACUGGUAACUCGAACCAUAUUGGAAUGCCAAGUGGCUAUGGACCAUAUGGGUCCUCCCCAGCUGGCUAUACUCCUAGUUCUGCUGCAACAGCUGGCAACUCAACUCCUAAUGAGGAGCUUGGUGCUUCCCAGUUCAAGGAUAGCAAUGUCUACAUCACUGGACAACAGAGUGAAGGUUCUGCCGUGUGGAUUGCUGCACCUGGCCGAGAGAUAUCCAGCUUGCCAGGAAGUUCAUUUUACAAUCUUCCUCCUCAAGGUCAGCAUGUAACUUUUGCUCCAACGCAGGCUGGUCAUGGCACCUUUGCGGGUAUCUAUCACCCUGCACAAACAGUAACAGCAGCAACAGUACAUCCACUUCUACAACAAUCUCAGACAAUGGCCGGAGCUGUUGAAAUGGGGGGACCAGCGGCCAGUGUUUAUCAGCAGCCACAGCAUGCACAGAUCAACUGGCCCAGUAACUACUGAAACAGGGAUAGAUUUUUUUUCUUUUUGUAAGCCGGGAAAACAAGAAAUUAAAGUCCAAUCUUGGAAAUAUUUUUGGGAACUCCAACGAGUUUGGAUGGUGGAAAAUGAAGAAGAUAUACAGUGGCUGGAUUUGAGAGUGUAAAUCUAUGAAAGGAGGCUGGAAAAACAUUUGCCAGUAGUAUCUUCUGGUUGGUUGGGUUGAGGACAUAAAAGAUGCAGUUCGCCUGUAACUGAUGUUGAUCAUUUUAAGUUAGUCAAGGUAGGCAUGUGCAGGUUUCUUGCUGCUGCUCUGUGGUGUUACCAAUUUUUCCAUUUCAUAGUUUCAGUCUUUUUUCGCCUCCUUUUUCUAUAACUUUCUGAACUCUACUAGAAAUUUACUGUUGAGUGGUGAGAAUCUUUUCCAUUCUUUUUUCCCUUUUAUAUUUGAGGUUUUAUAGGGCUUUGGAAGGUAAGAUAUAGGUCGUUGGAGAAAUUUUUCCAUUCUUUUUUUCAUGUCGUUAUGCAGUCUUACCUGUAAAGUGAAUUUUGAUAGCAUGAAAAUGAUGUACUGGACUCUUGUAAUUGGUGAAGCCGAAGGGAACGUUGCAAUUGUUUCAGUUAACUGAUUAAUAGUAAGUAAAUGCUUUUCAUAGGUAUAGGAUUGAGGGUGAUAGUUAAUUUAUUAAUGAGGGUUAUCCUUUUUGGCCUUUUAGAAGUGAUUCACUUGAAGUUUAAGUUGGUGGUUCCUCAGUUAGAAAUGCCGUUACUGGAUUUUGUUUGUUCCUUUUAAGUAAUGAUCUUGGAAUAUCCAGGUCACAUGUUUUCCAUAUGUACGAGAUUAUAAAUUAUUUUACUGUUGAUCAAAUUCCUAUUGUUGCAUUUUGCAA